GAGAGGGAGGCGAAGAGAGAGGGAGGGGAAGAAGAGGGGGAGGGGAAGGAGGAAGAAAAGGAAAAAAGAGAGAGGGAGAGAGAAGACCCGGCAAGAAGAGAAGAGGAGGAGAGCGAGGAGACGAAGAAGAGGAGGAAGGAGGAAGAGGGGAGCAGGACUUUUUAAAGUACUGGAUUACAUGUAAGAGAUCCUAUCGCUGAAAGCGGGGAGGGGGGAGGGAGGAAGAGAGAGAGAGAAGAGGAGAGAGAGAGGAGAGUGGAACUCGCAAGCCCGGCCAGGGGGUGGGGAGAGCGAAAGUUCCACUGUUACGAGCGCCGCAGCCUCUCACACAAUAGAGCCGCAAAGUUUGCUGAUCGGAACUCCGGGACUUACAAACCAAGCGGGCGGUCAAAAGCCGAAGAGGCAGGAGGAGAGCAAGCGAGAAGAGGUGAAAGUGAGCGCUCGCCUCGCUCUGCCUUUGAUCCUCCCCCGCGCGCGAAGAUUCUCUAAGCUCCAGGGGCGCCGGCGCAGCGGCCCCGCCAGCGCUGACCUAAGCCCGAGGGCUCCAUUUGUAAGUAAGUUAGCCCCGGCGCUCUGUGGUUGGCUGGCCCCUUGCGAAGCCCUCUCUCCAUUGGUGCCGGCUGUCGCGCGCGCGCGUCCCGGACACCCCCCUCCCCCGCACGACCCUCCGCCGCCAGUUCUGCCCCCCAGGCGGUGCCUGCGGGGCGCUCGGCCGCGUCGCCCCCCACCUACCCACCCACCCUACCCCACCCCGAGCGGCUGCCCCCUUUCGGCCAGGGCAGAUGCGCUAAGAGGCGGCGGUGGCAGGAGGAACAGGGCCUCUCCCGGGCGCCCGCCACCAUGUCCAUGCUGCCCACGUUUGGCUUCACCCAGGAGCAAGUGGCGUGCGUCUGCGAGGUUCUCCAGCAAGGUGGCAACAUCGAGAGGCUGGGCCGCUUCCUGUGGUCGCUGCCGGCUUGCGAGCACCUGCACAAGAACGAGAGCGUGCUGAAGGCCAAGGCCGUGGUGGCUUUCCACCGGGGCAACUUCCGCGAGCUCUACAAGAUCCUGGAGAGCCACCAGUUCUCGGCGCACAACCACCCCAAGCUGCAGCAACUGUGGCUCAAGGCGCACUACAUCGAGGCCGAGAAGCUGCGGGGGCGACCCCUAGGGGCGGUCGGCAAGUACCGGGUCCGCCGCAAGUUCCCCUUGCCCCGCUCCAUCUGGGACGGCGAGGAGACCAGCUACUGCUUCAAGGAGAAGAGCCGCAGCGUGCUGCGGGAAUGGUACGCGCACAACCCUUACCCGUCCCCUCGGGAGAAGAGGGAGCUGGCCGAAGCCACCGGGCUGACCACCACGCAAGUCAGCAACUGGUUCAAGAACCGGAGGCAGAGGGACCGGGCGGCCGAGGCCAAAGAAAGGUACGAGUAAGUACUUCCUCCUGGCUCCCUCACCCCCUGCUGAAAAAGAUUUCUGAUCUGGGCACCAGGGGAGGGGCGGUGGGGUGCCGGACUCUUCCUAAAUUUGCUUAACCAUUCCAGGCCAAACUGCGCGGCGCUGAGACGCGCACAAAGGCGCUUUUGUCGCCUAAGCAGCCUUGAAUUUAGCGAGCACUUGCUCCCGAGUAAACGCGCAGAGGAUCAGGCCGCGGGGGAAAGCGCCACCGGCCUUGAGGUUCACCUAAGGCGAAGGGAGAUGGCAAUGAAACUAGAACGUGGCGCUUUAUUCUCUUUGUAAAACAGCAAUCUUAACUUUUCGCCGUUUCGUUCGUAUAAUGCUAUCGGAAAAGCAGGAACACACAGGUCCCAACCAGUUGACUCCCCGCGCCCCCCCCCAAGGAACUAGUUUUACUCGAGAGCAACACUGGGUUGCCCCGCCAAAGCUAAAUCGCUUUGCUUCGGCUUUUCUCCCAGGCCACUUCCUUGGGAAACUUGAUUUGGAAGAAAUGGAGCAGAGUUUUAAAGUAAAUGGAACAGGAGAAAGCUGGACCUUCCUUCGUUCCUUUUCGCAAUCAGGCCAACUUCCUAUUCUGACUGACUCUUUUCCGCUUCCCGGGAAAAUAUAUGUAGUUUUCUCAACUUUAAUUUACUUCGCGGCCCCAUCCUUAUCUACUUGGAAGUAAGUGCCAUUGAAUUCAAUAGGGAAUACUUUAAUGAAUCAGUGUUGGACUGCAAUCUUGGCUACAUAGUUAUGUAACAGAAACGUGUUGAGUGAGCCGUUUCUCCGUGCAGGAAGAAAGCACUCAAACAAUACUAAAAAGGGGGAGAUAUUAAUUCUGCUAGUAAAUAUCUCUAAUGCAUAUUGAACAAAUACACCUUAACACUUUUCAAGACCAUCAGGUCCUUCCUCGCCAGCAAAAUUAACCACGUUUAAUACCUUAUCGCGAACACACGAACUCCUGGUGGGAAUCAAAAUUAAACGCUGCAAUCCUAAAUUCACUUACCUGGGUGUAAGUCGCAUUCGAAUCGGUGCUCCUCAACUUCCAGCGCGUGGGAUUGAGCUGCAUGAGUUAAAUUCUUCCUACCCAGCCCGAGUUUCCGCGCUGUUGCCGGCAAUUCUACUCUUUACAAUGGGACUCCGCACCAGUGUAGUAGUUUAAAGUGGAGGAAAGGUAGUAAGUAACUUCGCGCAGCACUGUUGGAAAAAGCUGCUUGCUUGUAGAAUGGUCCCAGUAGGCUCCCAACUCUAUAAAAGCGAACUUCUUUGCCCCUGGGGCCGGUGAGUGGGUGGCUAAAGCCACAAUCAUCAGUGAUUUUAACCCUUGGUGAUGAUCAGAAUUAACACGUUUCCUGCGGCCAGCUGUAAAUCUCUUUCUCACUUUGACAAGCCCUUGAAUUCACUGAGGAUACAAGCUGGAGAGAAAGCCAGGGUUUUCAAAAUGCGUUGGGCCAGGAGCACACAGACGUACCCCGCAUUGUUCAGAAACGGCACAUUUUCAAGGGAAAUAAAUCUCAGGAGUUUCUGUUCACGUUAAAGUGGCUGCUUAUCUAUCCGGAUACAAGUUCCCUUUCAUUCCAUUGCUUCAGUGAAAGUAAGAGGGAUGGGGCAGAUUCCAGAUAGUAGAUGGAAGGAUAAUAAUGAACUGUGGGACAGAAAUAUGCGAUAAUAAUUUCAUAUUAAUCAAUGCAAACGCGUCCCAUCAAUUACUAAUAAGCUGUGAACACAAGAGUGUUCCUCUAAGUCAGAACACUAUGAUGUGGAAGAAAAAUCGGCGGAUGUUGCAUUAUGUUUUAAUUCCUCUUAUGAAACUAUCUUCCGAGAUGGAAAUAGUUGUUCAGUAGCUGACUCUUAAGGAGCAACGAAUUGGCGUUAAGAGAGGGCUAUCCUAGAAUAAAUGGGCAGCUUUUCGAUCGUAGCACAGGUCCGAAAUUGCGGCCCUAUGGCUGAAUCGGAUCAGUCCGACCUGGGGGCCUUAACUCUGAGUAAAUAAAUACACACGCAGUUGCGCUAUUCCUAACAGCAUGGAUUUUCUCCCUGAGUAAAUCAGCCUCGUACACAAACCCGUAAAGGUUUAUCCAUCCUGUUUCGAGGGGAUAUGAAAUUAGUGGUGGAAAACGAACCGAACUAGCUCCAAAGGAAUUCUGAAGGCUGCAGGCAUUGAACCACAUUGAGACAGAACCGAAUAGAAUCUCUACGCCAGAGAGAAGAGCCGAAAAGUUGGGCACUGCUAGCUUAGGCCUUAAACGCAUUAUAGGAAGCCUGUUUAACGUGGACUUGCCGGCAGCACCCGAGCUGCCACGGUAUUGUUAGCUCUGUCGGCGGAUUAAGGUAGCCCAUGUUGUUGUGAUAGCCUAGCAACUCAGAUAGUACUACUCUGGAGUAAGUGGGUGGUGGUUUGGAGUUCCGGGAGGCCACCCACCGCUACUAGCGUCCUGUCACCCCUCCCUUGUAGUUCGUACUGGGACAUGGGUCCCAUCGAACAGGAUGGAUUUCUCAGUAAAUUCUCUGUGUGAAGCCGUGGGGCUGUCAGUGCUCCCAAGCGGACGCUUGUACGUUGCAGCCGCGCACCGCGACCCUAAAAUCUUUGGCCGAGAAGUCAUCCCCUCUGAUUUCGAGGGAGUCUUUUGUUUUGCUGAGGGGCACUUUCCCUAAUCUCCUAUUGUGUAACUAACUAGCUUGAGAGGGUUCCCCCCCCCCAAAAAAAACAUAUUUAGAAACUGGGUUAGGGGAGCCGACGGAAAAUAACUUCAGAACCUUGUUAAACCGGCCUGAAAUAGAGAAUAUAAUAUGGCUUUAAAAACAAAUCUGGAGGCCAGUUAACGGGUCUAGAAGGACGGGUGAGCCGAAAAAGCCCAAUCUAAUUCCUCGCAACAGAAAGCUCGCAGCAAUUUCGAAACCCACUCACACAGCCAGAGAGGGCAAGUGUCAGCCCUUGUACAAUUAACACGUGUGAAAGAGCCAAGCAGCCGAAUACCGGGAGGACCCGGACGCGCACCUUUGAUGUGCAAGUCUUCCGCGGGCCGGCUGAAUUCACUUUUGGCACCCUCCUGCGCCAUAAGUGAGUUCAAAGGUAUUUUCUGGUGAGCUAGCGUUGGUAGAAAAUCCAAAACAUAGUCGCGGCUCCCUCUGCUUCCACCCACAUGUGGGCCUAAUAAAGCAGAUAUCAUCUGGUUGGACCGGCGCUCUCUCUCCCUUCUACUGUACUCUGAGGCGGCCAUCCAGAAACCACUCUCUUGGAAAACUCGCCGGAGAAUCUGGGUUCCACUUUAGAGGUGGCCGGCUGGAUUUUGCAUGCAAAAGUGAACUUCGUCUGGAGGUCCAAUAAGGGCCACCCACAACCCCAAAGGCAGCCGGAUCCCAUGCGUGCCUUCACCGGGAGGCACCCCACCACCGGGCUUACUCCCCAAUAAGUGCGUGCAUUGAUGCCAUCGCAGCUUUUAUUCGAAAUUAGCACCACGUUCCCGAACACUUGGGAAGCGGAGGUGAAGUAAGGUUUAAAUCCAAAUUCCUGCGUACUUGAAACCCAAGCGCCAAGGUGAUUGCAAUCCCUGCUGUCUUUAACAGGGCUGAAAAUCGCUUUGAAUCCAAGUCGUCUGUUUUUAUCAUUUAUGCACCGACCUGUUGCAAAAAAAAAAAAGUCGCUAGUUUCUCUUGAGCAGAUUCUGCCUGGGUUGCAGGCGGGGCUCCGAGCUGCGGGACAAUCCUUUCCGCCCCGCGGAGUUGAAAGGAGCUUCCUGCAGCGCGCGUUUGUCACUGCGUGGGUCCAAAUUCUGAGAAUAUCUACCUUUGCUGGUCUUGACUGGGAAGAAGAUCGCCAUUUUGCGCGGGUAUCUAGGGACAGGGUGCCCUGCCUUUUCUAAUGAAUAAGCGGCCUUUGGGGCGUUGGGCACUUGUUUGAGAGACAGGUUGCAAAUCUGACAGCUGUUAGUAAACCUCUGUGAAUUAAAAUGCAGUUUAAUCUCACCCCAAACCACCGCCGCUACGCAACUCCGUCUCCCAAAGCGCCUAACCAGGAGCUUGAUUUUACUAGAACCUGCUAAAGGUAACAUCUCUUUCCCAUGACAAAAUUCAGGGUCGCCUUCUCCAGAAAAUGCGCUUCUGGUGGCUACAACGCGUGUACGCCAGUGUCCUUGAAGCCAGUUUUUCCCAUUCCCAAAUAUUAUGUUUAUAUGAGUAACUGGCAGCAGUUGAAUCUAGAGGUCCGGGAGGAAUUUACGUCUGGGUCAAGACUAGUGCGUGUGCGUUUAUUUUCGAUGGGGGUCAAUAGGUCUAGGAUCGGGCUAGACGUUCUGCGCAGAACGUUUAACCCGAUCCUAGAUCCGUUGCCCCCUGUCGAAAAUAAGUCCCUCUGAGUUCUAAGUCCUUGCGACUUAAUUGUCAUAAUGCUGCUGCCUCAGUGGAAAACACACACAUUUUGAAACUGUUAAUGGCUCAGGUAAAGUAGCCGAGCGGAGUUCAAGGCAGGCGGUCUGACUCGAUUCGGUUCGCGGCCUCCAUCCAUUUCGCUUGGUUGGCAUAAGCUUAUUUUCUCCCGCGGGUGGAAAGCGGAGAGACUCGCCUGGCCAGUCUAGGGUUGGUGAGAUGAAAGAUGCCCAUUUACUGCUAAUCGGAGGAACACAUCAUAGGCGCUCUCUCUCGCUGAGGUGGAAGAGAAUUAGCAUCUUGAACAGGAUACUGAAUCCUCUUUAACAGACGGCAGCGUCCCGCAAGCAGGGUGGUCCCCCUUACCGAGCGAUCUCCGUUUUUCCAGAUGAAAAUGGGACAAAUGUCCCCUUUCCCCAAUACCACCCUGCCGUGCCCAUAGCUAUAGCUUUAGCUUCGCCUGGACGUCUGCAGUUUGAUUCCCAGCUGAGUAACGCUGCGCGCCUAUAGGUGUGAUCACAGGGCAUUAAGCCCUCCGCCACUGGGUUAUCUAUGGAGACUGCUAACAAUCUUCCUCAACCUGGUGCCCACCAGAUGCAAUGCUUGUGCAAUCCUGGCUGAGAGUUAUAAUCCAACAACAUCUGGAAAGUACGGGACUGGCGAAGGCUGAUGUCAGGCAUUAACGUAUUUUCCUUUACCUGGAAGAGAACGUUGCCAUCAUUACAAGUGACGCUUAGGAUAACAGUCCUAGAGUUAAUUCCGCUACAGCCAGUGGGGAUAAUAUGAUUUUACAGCCCAAUUUUAAACCAGUCUUUAAGAAGACUCAGUCCCACUGGGUUCAGUGCGAGAUUAACUCUCUAUGGAAGGUGUUUAAGAGUGAAGGCUUACUUGGGAGUAAAGUAAGGCAGCCUUCUUUUGGGCACUUACCCCGGGAGUUAGCUAUCCUGACAACGACGGGACUUACCUCCGAGUACACAUUUUAUUUAUUAGCUAGUUGUACUUUUAUUCCGAACCAUCUGUGUUCACAGCAUGCAACCAGAAAACAUCAUACCUGGAUAGCUCAGUUGGUUAGAGCAUGGUGCUCACAAUGCAAAGGUUGCUGGUUCGAUCCUGGUACGGGACAGCUGCCUAUUCCUGCAUUGCAGGGGGUUGGACUUGAUGAUCCUCGGAGUCCCUUCUAUGAUUUUAUGAAAUCUACUAUCAAAGUAGGCAUUAAAAUACCAAAACCAUGCCAUGAGAUCAGAGUUCGUCUUUUAAAAAAAUUACAUAUGGCAUGAAGAAAGCGGAUAGACUAAUAAUAAUAAUAAUAAUCUCUCAUAAUACUGCAACUGGUUGACAUCCAAUGAAGCUGAAUUUUGGGAGAUUUGAGACAGAUCAAGGAAAGUACAUCUUCACGCAGCGCACAGAGAAUCCUAUGGGAUCCACUUCCCCAGGGGGCAGAGAUUAACCACCAACUUGGAUAGCUUUAAAAGGAGAUUUGGUGGAGAGGGGUACUAGCUACAAUGGUUAUGCUCUACCUCCACAGUUCUUGGCAGCAGUGCUUGCAAAUACCCGUUGCUGGAAAGGAGGGAGUUACUCUUGUGCUCAUGUUCUGCUCCCUCGUUUCCCAUAGGCAUCUGGUUGGCCACUGUGAGAACCCGAUACUGGAUUACAUGGGCCUUUGGCCUGAUCCUGCAAGCUCGUCUUGUGUUCUUAUGUGGUGAACAGUAGGUCUUGCUUGCAAAUAAAGGUAGUUAAGGUUGGCAGCAAUUAUUGUCAAUUAGCAAUUACUGCUGAUUGUUGCGAAACUUUGCUUAGGAGUGGUGUGCCGCUUUCUUAAAUAAUUAGGCUGUGCAUCCAUACUGAAUCACCCGCAUGUCCUCAGCUUUAUGAACAGCGCCGUCCUGUAUGUGUCUGCUCAGUGGUAAGAGCUAUUGAAUUCAGUGGGAAUUGUCCCCCGUGCGAGUGUGAACAGGAUUGCAGCCCGAACACGCUUGGAUUUGAGUCGAAGUCUCCUCAUUGACUUCAGUGGAAACAAGUCUGCUUAAACGCUUGGAUGUAUCUUGAGUUUUAAAUCGAGCUUUUAAAGGGUUACAUUUAUAUAAACGCGUAACUUUAUUAAAUAAUGUUUCAAGAGGCGUGUAAUACAACGUGGAUGUCCUAUGUAUUCUGAAAUAUCCAGGUACAAUACAAAAUGCGUUGAUGUGGAUUGUUUAAACCUUCAUCUGCAUUUAAGUGAAGAAAGGCCGGCGCAUCAUAGUGCUUAACAGCAGGUUUCUGCUCAUGUCUACUCCGAAGUAAACGCAAUCGGGUGCAAUAUGGCUUGCUCCAAGGUAAAUAGGCAUAGAUCGUAGCCUAACAGCGGUGGGUUUGAGCCUAGUCCUGGAAUUUCCCCGGUAGGAUUUGGCUGGUCUUAGGCAAACCAAUAUAUCUCAGUCCUCACCCAUCCAUAGCCCCAAAUCUGUAAAAUGGAAAUGAUAAUGUAGUGACCUGCCUUACAGGGUUAGCGAUCUAAUGAAUGUGAAAAGAUCUGAAUCGCGACGGGAAAACCCAAUUUAAAGAUAAUAUGUUGCCAAGGAGAAGGUCAGCAUGCUACAUAUUUACACGCAGCCCACAACCUAUCCACAUAAUCCAGCAGCCCAUUUGACUUCAAUGGGGUGGGUGCUUGCAGGGCUCGGUCGUUUCCCAAAUCGAGCGGGUAGUCUGAGCAAGGACACAGCAAUACUGAAGAAAGGGGUUAAAAUGCAUUUUGUUGCAAAGGAAGCCGUGCGGGGGUGGGAGAGACCCAAGAACCCUCCAAACUGCAUCGCUUCGUGAAAAUGGGAUGGUUUCCGCAAAAUGGCUUGCGGUAGAAAAAGGAGGGGAAAGUAUAUUCUCCAGGAAUUGGAAGCGUUCAGGGUGGUUAGAGUUGGACUAAUAGCCUAACGAUCUAGUGAUACCACUGAAUUGUUAGGGCUAAGAAUCUACCAGAUAAAACUACAGCACAGUGCAGGGUUUCAGAUAAAGUAUUAGCAGAGCCUCGAUGGGGCGCUUUUCUGCCCUAAUAAGGAAGCCGCUUGUGGUUCUCAAUUCUAGAAGACGACCCUCCUCCGCUUCUUUCCGAGACUUGUGGCACCUGGGAGCCUAACCAUUUUAUGGUGGCUUAAUUUUCGGCCGCGGAGAAGCUGCUUCUUAGAUGGCGUGGAGUGUCCAGCGUAAAGACGAUUCGUCCGCUUCCUGCAUCCAAGGAAACAGGCUCUCUCCUAUCCACGCUGCAGAAAAAGCGAACUGCGAGUCUUCCAGUUGCCACAAGACUCUUCGGCUGCAGUCUUGCGCACGCUUAGUCUCAGUGAAUUCCGCAGGAGCGUCUUCUGAGCAAACGCGCGUGCCGAUCAUCGGGGCUGGUUGUUGAUUUAUUUCAAAUAAACUCCCUUACAGCGAUCUCCUUCUGUUAAACAAACUUUGUCGGAACUCGGUGGCUUUCGCACUUAAUCCAGCCUCUCAGAAACUACGGCUGCUACCCUAAACUCCCUUACUAAAAAAGUUCUCUUGAAAUGCGGUGGGGUGUACUUCUGAGUCAACGGGUUUAGGAUCGCGCAAUUUAGCAUCGAAGUGUUAGGCUGCAAACCUAAACGUGUUUACCUGGCAGUCGGAUUCCAUCGAAAUGACGCCAGCAUACUUAUUUAGAGGUAGAUAUUUUCUCCUCGCUUCCUUCCCGCUUCCGAUGGAGCUCAAAUAAGCGGGUUUAGGAUCGUGGUCUUAUUUGUUGGGAAGCCAGGGCAACUGAAGCCAAUUCCGCUCCCCUCCUCCGGCCCCAGUAGUGUGUGUAGCCGCCGAGGUGUUGCCGGAUGAAGGAAAUAUUUGCGUGCCACGAGCCACGGAGGGCAUUUCCGCUCCUGAUUCAAGAAAAGAAAAUGCCUCUCGUUUGCUACUGUAGGUUGGAAUGUAUUUCAGUAUAUAUGUAGACACUUCAGAAUGGACGGGGAGGAAAAGGGUUUAGCCCUAGCCGAGAUCUGAGGAAGGGACCCCAACGCAAAUAUAUUUUUUCCAUUCCCAUCUUUGCGAUGUUAGAUUUAGCCGGAGCAAACGGCGGCCAGAAUGCGCUUCUUUUCCUUUCUGGGCCGAGGACUGAAGUGCUAACGCGUCCCCUUCUCCCACCCCCCAAAGGCUUCCUAAUCUCUGCAGGAGAGAGAGGGAGGAAAAGAACGUUUUUAUCAGACCACACUUUUUUACUGAGCCGGCCGCAAACUGUUUACAAGACCCGAGAUCGACUCAACGAGGCCCUGGGGGGUUGCAGGGCAGGCAGAGGCUGUGGAAGCCCGAAUUUUAUUUUCCUCCUCCCUAUCCACAGCCGGUUAAAGCAGAAAUCAGAUAAUUGGCAUCUCGGUUCUAAAUCAGUGGGACAUUAUUUCCAAACGUGUCAUCCGCCAAACUCUUUCUUUUCGCGCCUUUACGCGACUGCUUCAGGAUGUGACACCUUGGAUGGGAAGUUAGUAUGCGCAAAGCAUUGCGCGCAGUGAGCGGUCUUGUGAAGAUGGCUGCACCCAAGAUUUCCUGCCUAGGGAACAGGGCGUAGGCCGAGAUCCUAGAGGCUCCAGUGAGUUGAGAAAAGAAAAGAAAUGUUUGUGUUGCAGUUCCGGGAAGGUUAGACUGCAACUCCCUUCAUCCUUGUCCAGGUGCCCUGUUGGCUGAUGGGAGUUGGAGGUCAGCAGCAUCUAGAGGGCCAAAGCUCUGACUAUUGAGGGUGUGGCUCUCUUUAGAUGAUUACCUGGACUUUGGCCCCCACAGUGCACAGGGCACCACAGUGGAGAUGGAAAGAACCUGAGUGUUUCUAGCAGGAGGUAGCUGGAAUAGGAGUGGUGGUCUUGGAGUCAUACAAAUUGCUCACUACCAGUCAGAGACCCCUUUAUUCUAUGUUUAUAAAUAUAUAUAUAUAUAAUGUUUUAAAUAAAAAACAAAAACAAUUUGGGAUCCAAUGAUAAAAAAAUACCAUAAAACAGAAAAGUAUGAAUUAGUUAUAUGAAAAAAACUUUAUAACAAGCAAAUGAAAAAAUCUGGAGACAUAGUCACUACAGUUUACUAUUCUUUAAUCAAAUCAACCUUAACAUAACUAAACAAUUCUGCGUUCUUCAGCGCUCUGUUUUAGAAACACACAUGGAAUAUUAACAUACACAAAGAAUGUUGCGAUUUAAAAUACCCUAUAGAACUAGAGAAAAAGAGAAAAAAGCAAAUCAGCGUAAUCAUACCUGCAAAUAUGAAAAUGUUGUUGAUGAUAAUUAAAUUUCUAUACCUCUCAAGGAUUACAUGGCAGUUUACAAUAUAAAUACACAAAAAUGCAUAUCAUAGUAACAUGCAAAAUCAAUACCCCCCACAAACAGGCCAUCACUUGUUUAAUUAGCCAAAGGCCUGGGAUUAGAGGAAUGUUUUUGCCUGGUGCCUAAAGAUAUGUAACCAAGAUGCUAGGAGAACAUUCCACCAUAGAAAAGGCCUAUUCUCGUGUGGCCACGCUACAGAUCUCUUGUGGAGGAGGCACACAAAGGAGGGCCUCCGAUGAUAUCACAGGGUCCAGAUCGGUUCAUAUGGGGAGAGCCAAUCCUUGAGGUAUUACGGUCAGGGGUGGAUAUACUAUGCUAUGAAACUAGUAAAGCUUCAAGGCACCUAAUCCUGGAGGGCCCCCAGAAGUGACUUUUGUCCAUGUUGCUUAAAAAAAUUGGUCCUAGUAGAUCCAAUUUGAGUUGCAUGACUCAAACUGAUUAAUUUUUUGUUGUAUGUCUUUCAACAAAAGUUCGAGAGUCAGCAGCACAGAUGUUGUGAAGGUGGAACAGCCCCAUCAAAGAAGAAAACAGUUGUUACCUAGACCUUGUUGUUGGUUGCAAAGUGGACCUGAGCUGCCACCUUUGCCAGGGUGAGGUGUGGGUCCCUGUGGAAGCCGAUGCCUACAUGGGGUGCCUGGUUGUGCCCCCUUAGAAUUUUGUGCCUGUGACCAUGCCCCCCACAACACCACUGGCUGGGGAAGGGGUUUCCUGGAAGCCCUACUUUGGGGGGGUUGUUUCUCACCAGAAUGCCCUUAAAAUUGCUGCAAUCCCAUCUUCUCCUCUAAACUGGAGAUGUGUAUCACACCUUUUCAUACUCUCAAAGGAGAUCAGAGUGGUGAUUUCACACCCACAUCUCAAGCGUGGUUGCUCUGAUUUGACUGUGCACUUCCAGGAAUAACUGCCCUUAGGAUAGCAGUUGUGCAGCUCAGCUCCACGAAACAUAUUUUCCAGCUAGCAGGAAGUCAGUCGACUGAAAUAAGGACAAUACCCUGAGAGCUGACUUCUGAGUAAAGAUUAAAAUGCAUCGGAUCCAUUUGUUAUCCUCACAACAAUCCUGGUAGAUAGGUGGGGUCUGAGAGACAGUGGCUAACUGAAGGCUGCCCAGGAGAGAUUAAGAGUUCCACAGGGAUGCCCAAAUGUUUUUCAAAGAGGGCCAGAUUUGAUGAAGUGAACAUGCGUAAGAGCCGACCAAAGUUGUUGAGCUUUUUUAGGAUUGAAGUUGUUGAGCUUCUUUUAGGAUUGAAGGUAAAGGUAAAGGGACCCCUGACCAUUAGGUCCAGUCGUUACUAUGUCCUGACUCUGGGGUUGCAACGCUCAUCUCGCUUUAUUGGCCGAGGGAGCCGGCGUACAGCUUCCGGGUCAUGUGGCCAGCAUGACUAAGCCGCUUCUGGCGAACCAGAGCAGUGCACGGAAACACCGAUGACCUUCCCACCAGAGCGGUACCUAUUUAUCUACUUGCACUUUAAUGUGCUUUCGAACUGCUAGGUUGGCAGGAGCAGGGACCGAACAACGGGAACUCACCCUGUCGCAGGGAUUCGAACCGCCGACCUUCUGAUCGGCAAGUCCUAGACUCUGUGGUUUAACCCACAGCGCCACUGAGCUUUUUUUGGGAUUUUGCCCCAGGACAUAUACUGCCACAGAUUAAAUCGACCGGCGGGCCGGAUUAGGCCCCUGAAACGGAGUUUGGACAUGCCUGCAGGGUCUCAUACCUUGGUUCCUGGUGUAGUACUAUAAUUACAAGAGGUACCUUUUCUGAAGACCUAGAUCAAUGGGGAUUUAAACCUGGGUUCCAAAGACUGUGUAUCCAAUGAGCAUUCAAUGGGAUGAAACACACUUAAAUACGUCUCAAUGGGUUGCAGAUUGUGGGAAAUUGUACCGUGUGAUUCUAAAGUUAAGAAAAAGGAAAGAAAUAAGCUAAAAUCCAAAUUUUGAGUGGCAGGAAUAAAACAAACCUAACUUUGGGGUCAUUUUUUUGGGAGAAACUGUAAUGUAGCAUAGAAACAUAGGAAGCUCUAGCUCAGUAUUGUCAACACUGACUAUAGCAGCAACUAUCCAGAGUUUUCAGGCAGAAGGCUUUGCCAAACCGAUCUGGAUAUGUCUGAGGAUGAACCUGGAACUGGAUGGCACUGUGAUCUAAACAACUGAGCCUCCUGGGCUUGCUGAUCGGAAGGUCGGCGGUUCAAAUCUGUGUGAUGGGGUGAGCUCCCGUUGUUCUGUCCCAACUUCUGCCAACCUAGCAGUUCAAAAGCACACCAGUGCAAGCAGAUAAAUAGGUACCGCUACGGCGGAAGGUAAGCAGCAUUUCCGUUUCUCUCAUGGUGUUCCGUUGCACCAGAAGUGGUUUAUUCAUGCUGGCCACAUGACCCAGAAAGCUGUCUGUGGACAAAUGCAAGACAAAGUGAGAUGAGCACCGCAGCCCCAUAGUCACCUUUGUCUGGACUUAACCGUCCGGGGUCUUUUACUUUUUUUUUACCUACCUGUAUGCUCUACUACUACUGACCCCUUCAGUAGGUCAUAGUGAACAACAACAACAACAACAAUUUUAUUAUUUAUACCCCGCCCAUCUGGCUGGGUUGCAUGGAGUUGUAUAGAUUAUGAUUCUUCCCCUUUCCCAUGUUAUUCUCAGAAUAACCCUAGGUGUGUGGUUGAGUCCAGGUACCGUAAGUGCAUUCAUGCUCUACCACAGAGGUUUGGCCCUUUCUCUCAACGAUGUCAGGUUUCAGUAUCCAAAGGGAGAAAUGGAAUCAGCAUCUUCGUCAGUGACAGACGUGCAACCCAACUCUUUCCACGUUCAUUCACUCUCCAGUGAUUUCAAGGGGACUUCCUUCCCCAGAAGCUUAUCUAGAAUGGUUGAAGUCUGAAAUGCAUUAGAGCUCUCUAACCCUUCCUAGGGAGUAGGGCUGCAAUUCUAACCCCUUACCUUGGAGUAAGACCCAUUGAAUUUAAUAGGACUUCCAGCUGUGUACACACCACACAUUUAAAUCACCCACCCAAAGAAUCUUGGGAACUGUAGUUUCUUAAGAGCUCUAACAACUGUAGGGACGUGGGUGGUGCUGUGGUCUAAACCACUGAGCCACUUGGGGUUGCUGAUCAGAAGCUCAGCAGUUCAAAUCUGCCCGAUAGGGAUAAGCUCCUGUUGCUCUGUCCCAGCUUUUGCCAACCUAGCAGUUCGAAAGCACGCCAGUGCAAGUAGAUAAAUAGGUACUGCUGCGGCGAGAAGGUAAAAGGCAUUUCCGUGCGCUCUGGCUUCCAUCAUGGUGUCCCGUUUUGCAAGAAGCGGUUAAGUCAUGCUGGCCACAUGACCCGGAAAGCUGUUUGGGGACAAACGCCGACUCCCUCGGCCUGAAAGCGAGAUUAGCACUGCACCCCAUAGUCACCCUUGACUGGACUUAACCGUCCAGGAAUCCUUUACCUUUUACCUUACUAACAACCAUAACUCUGUGAAGGGUAAGCUACAGUUCUUUGGAGGGCAUGUGCUUUAUAUAAUAAUAAUCAUCAUCAUCAUCAUCUAUUAUUUAAACCCCGCCCAUCUGGCUGGGUUUCCCCAGCCACUCUGGGUGGCUUCCAACUGAAUAUUAAAAACAAUACAUGGGCCCUGGAUUAGUGCUGGCCCAGGACAUUUUGGCACCUGAGGUGAACCACAAAAUAGUGCCCCCUCGCCCUGCCAGGGAAGAAGGGAUGAGUGAAUAUAUCAGGAGCAAGGAGGGAAUAAAGAUCUACAUUGGGAUCUACUGCCCCUGUGGAUCUUGCUGCCCGAGGCGAUUGCUUCACCAUGGAUGGACGGGUCCUGCCGUGGACUGCCCUGCAAGUCCCCUUGAUUGCAACAGAACUUACUUCUGAGAAAAUGCCUAUGGUUGGACUCUGUGCUUGGGUCACGGACUCAAGCGAGACUUGCUUCAGGGAACCAUGCAUUCAAUCCGGUCGAUACCAUCUGCAUGAAGGGGGGGCGGGAAGGGAAGGGACUGGUCCCCUUUUACAUCCUAAUUUUCCUCUCUCUUUUCCUUUUCUCCCUUCUAGGGAAAACAACGAGAAUUCCAGUUCCAACGGCCACAACCCGCUUUCCUCCUCCCUGAACGGCAACAAGGCGGUUUUGGGCAGCUCCGAAGACGAGAAAACGCCCUCGGGGACGCCGGAUCACUCUUCGUCCAGCCCGGCUUUACUGCUUAAUUCGAACCCAGGCUUGCAGCCGCUCCACAGCUUGGGCCACCCCCAGGGUCCUAGUGCCAUUCCUGUACCCAGCGCGGACCCUCUGCACCACCACAGUUUGCAAGACUCCAUCCUCAACUCCAUGUCCUCCAACCUGGUCGACCUGGGCUCUUAAGACGUUCGUGGCACCCAUGAUGUCCCUUGAAUCCAUGCUUCCCACUCGGCUUCUUCUUAUUAUUUCUUUUUUUAAAGAAACAAAACACUCAUACCUAUUACCUGAAACAUUGAAAGGGAUAGCAAGCUCCUUCACACGGAUCCGUUGUCUGGCUUUGGAUCAACGCUUGGUCGGCUGACUAAUGACUUUUGGGGAAGGUACUGUAACCUCAAGACCCUGGCAAGUCUUAAGAGGGUUUGGCGAAGCUGGUGGACUCUUCCUUAGGAGUUGUUGUUGGGUGUGUGGUUUUGCAGGGGUGGGGAUGGUGGAAGGGGAGCAAAGGAGGUCAGGGCAGCCCCUCACUUGGGAGAGGAAGGGACGUGGCUAGCAGCUUCAGCCUUCACACUCUCUAUGGGAGUUUAUCAGGUCCAGUUUGGGGGUUGCCAACUUCUCAGCCGGGCUCUGGAGCUGUGCUUGAACCCUGAUCAGCAACAAGUGAAGCUUUGUAGGCCUUGAAGAGACCAGAAGGUCCACCAGGCACCAGCAGCACCGUCCUCUCCUCCAUGGCCAACCAGAGGCCUUUGGGAAGUAGAGAGUUGCCCCACUCCCCAGUUCUUAACCCCAUUCUGAAUGCCAGUUGCAUUCGCUCCCAGUUCUUAACCCCAUUCUGAAUGCCAGUUGCAUCCGGCAACAUGGUCUUCAGAGAAGCGUCCGCUGCCUCUGACCGGAAGCUUCCAUUGCCAUCACGGCUGGCGACCUCUAACUUGGUACAUCUAUUGUCCAUCCAGUUAGUUCUAAUCCCCUUUCAAAACCAUCUCUAAAGCCAUUGGCCCUCCUCGUUUCCGCAUCUGAAGCCGCUGAGAGUGGAGGGAAGGCCUGUUAAUCGAGGGCAGAUGCUGCUUGCGAAGUUGGCAACUCCAUCCCAUCCGGUUUGUCCUGCUUCUGAAUCUUGGGAAACAACGUGCUUGGGAAUAAUGUCUGGCUGAAACCAGGGGGGCUUCUUUCCAAACGGGAGGCUUCUCCCCUCAACCCCCACCCCCCGCCCCAGAUUUUUGGAUCGGACUGGACUCCAGCCUAGCAACUCUGUUGAUUUGUAAAGGGGUUACUAUAGCUUGAGAAUGGCAGAAUGCACGUUGCAUCGUGGGGCUGGAUCCGAAGGCUGUGAGGAGAGUAGCAGCUGAAAUUCCAGCGCUGUAGUAGCUGCCAGCUGCUGUAUAGGCAACCCCAGCAUAGCUGUCAACUUUUCCCGUUUUUUAAGAGAAAUUCCCUUAUUCCGAAUAGGAUUCCUCGCAAGAAAAGGGAAAAGUUGACAGCUAUGAACCCCAGCCCUUAUUCUUCUCCUUUGUAGCUGAUGCUAGGCAAAGAAAGUGGGGAAGGGGGAGGGACUUAUUUCGUCUUCUUCGUGUGGUCCCCCCUCCCUUAAGCCAUUCUUUAGGUGUGAAGGACGAGAAAGGUGCGAUCCACAAAUCGCUUAAGCCACAGAACUUGCCUUCAAGCCGAUCCAGUGGCUCCAGAGUUGGACUUGGAAGCCGGGAGAUCUGGGUUGAGCUCCUCGACUCAGUGGGCGUUCUUCAGCUUCAGUUCCCUCAUCUGUAAAAUGGGAACAAAGGCGAACUACCUCGCAGGGCUGUUUGUGAGGAUAAAGACUGUACAGCGUUUUGCACAUUUAACAUUGAGAUAGCCUAUAUCACCCUUAUUAUUAAUAAUAUUUUUAUUCAUAAUAAUAAUAUUCCCCUCUAUUCCUUCCCCUUCGGAGUCUGCGGGGCCACCCAGGAUAAUGUGCGGAGUUGUCCGGGCUUGUGCGCCAGGCCCGGACUCUGACCCACUUGGAGCCCACGGCACCCAUUCAAAUUAUAACAGGGCCAAGAGCAGGCGUUAUAUCUCUAUCUCUACCUAUCUAUAUGUGUAUAUUAUAAUAAGCCAUUGCUGCUCAUCGAAACCCAAGGAAAGUUAUCACGCGCCAGCGAGGCCCCCUCAACUUCUCUGUAUUGUUUAUAUUAUGUGAAUACGGUAUUUGGAAAAAAAAAUAAUAUUUCUGCUUCUAUUUUAUAAUAAAAUCGAGAAAUCCAGCCUACUGUG